AUGGCGGAGUUGCCGUGGAAACAAGGUACGAUCAGAGCAACGACCUCGAAAAAUAUUGAAGAGAAUUCCCAUCAGUUUUUCAGUGGCUUUAUAAUGUUCAAUAUCCCGAAUGACAAUGAUAAUAUUAAAAAACCAAACUUAAGUAAAAACAACACAAACAGUGAUAAUAAUAACAACAACAAUAGCAACAUCAACAACAUCAACAACAACGACAACAUCAACAACAACGACAACAUCAACAACAACAACAAUAACACAGAGCUCGUCGAGACUAAUAUUAAAAAUUCAAUAAGAAAAAUCUAG